UGCAGCUGCUAGAGCACCAAUCCUGAACCAGUUUCCAAUUUCCUGGAACGAACAGCUUUGUUCGGAUUACGGUUGCAUUAACUGGCCCAGGUGGUGGAUCAAUAUUUGGGGCUCUAUCGCCUACAGUGGGAGCAAGCGAGAGAAUCUUGUCAAUCGUGGUUCCUAAAUUUGUGGGGCAACUUACUCGUUCUGAAAUGUGGUUUAGGGAGUAUGGCAUCUUUCACCCACCUCUUAUAAUACAGAAAAUCCCUUCCUUCCCACGUAUAAUAUUUAUCGUGUGAAUAAACACCUCGUCCAAAACAACGCCUGUCCGUGAAUGAUAACCAGAGACUGACAGAUCAGUGAAGACAUUCUGAUAAGCAAACGGUGUCAAUAAAGUUUUAAAUCUCACGCCGGAAGUGUUCUGCAACGCAUGCGCACAUGAUUUUGUUGCAAGUGAGGUCGGCGUUGCGCCGUCGUUGAGUUCUUUGUUUUACACGACGAAUUUGAGUUCGGCGCUCUUGGCAGAGGUCCUCACGGCCAGCAACCAUGGAUUUCCAACACCGGGCCGGGGGAAAGACGGGGAGCGGCGGGGUCGCCUCCGCCUCGGAGAGCAACCGGGACCGACGAGAGCGUCUUCGGCAGCUUGCUCUGGAAACCAUAGAUAUCAACAAGGAUCCCUAUUUUAUGAAGAAUCAUUUGGGCUCCUACGAGUGCAAACUGUGUCUCACCCUACACAAUAAUGAGGGCAGCUAUUUGGCGCACACGCAAGGAAAGAAACAUCAGACCAAUUUAGCACGGAGAGCGGCCAAAGAGGCCAAGGAGGCCCCAGCGCAGCCUGCGCCGGAGAAGGUGAAGGUCGAGGUGAAGAAGUUCGUGAAAAUCGGCCGACCCGGAUAUAAAGUGACCAAACAGAGAGAUCCUGAGACGGGUCAGCAGAGUCUGCUCUUCCAGAUCGAUUACCCGGAGAUCGCGGAGGGCAUCGGGCCGCGGCACCGCUUCAUGUCGGCGUACGAGCAGCGCAUCGAACCACCGGACCGCCGCUGGCAGUACCUGCUGCUGGCCGCCGAGCCCUACGAGACCAUCGCCUUUAAGGUUCCCAGCAGAGAGAUUGACAAAGGCGAGAGCAGGUUCUGGACACACUGGAAUAAGGAGACCAAGCAGUUCUUCCUCCAGUUCCACUUUAAGAUGGAGAAGGUCCUCCCGCCCCCCAGCGGCCCCGUGCCCCCCAUGGGGGUGAAGCGGCCCCCUCCCCUGAUGAGCGGGAUCGGCCCCAGACCCCCCAACGAGCCCAUGCCCCCCCCACCCCCCGGGGGGAUGCACAUGCCCCCCCUGCCCCCCGGCGCCCCUGGCCCUCCCCAAAUGCCCCCACAGAUGCCCCCCGCCCCCGGCAUGCCGCCUCCGGGAUCCAUGCCCCCGAUGAUGAGACCCCCGUUGCCCACGGAUGGGCCUGGGGGUAUGCCCCCACCCCCGCCAAACUGACCCCCCCUCCCCCACAACCGCACCACUUUCUCUCCCCUAGCCUUGGGAUCCCAGUCUCUGUGUUUUAAAAAUUCAACUCUGGAAGCCAUUUAGUAAAAAAAUCCUUCCUUUUCUUUUUUUUUUUUACUUAAAAGAAAUUGAAGCCCUCUGAAUUUGAAAAGAUUUGUGUUUUUUUUGUUUUGUUCUUUUAGAAGUGAAUGAGUGUGGCCUGGUGGUUCUAUUCGAGCAGUACACCUGUACACACCUGUACACGUCUGGUCACUUCUGGAGUCUUUUUUAUUUUAUAAAUAAAUACAUGAGGAAAAAUAA